CUUUCCUAUCGCCAUCAUAUCCCCUCUCCAUUUCUUGCUCCCCUGUUUCUUGGGAGCUUUUUAUUGGUUUUCUCUUUCAAUUAAUUGCUUUUUUUAAAAAAAAAAAAAAUCCUCGUUCAUAUUUCCCCCAACAUGGUCCCCUCCAACAAUGCUCCUUUCCGACCCUCGCCACUAUCCUUUGGCUCCCCUCGGGCAUCACCGUUUCGCCGCCCAUCUACUCCUGGAUCUCCUCCAACGCAGGCCCGCCCAGUUACUCCGGGAAGCUCACCAGGUCGAGGCUACACUCCUGUGGUCUCUCCUAGUAAAUUGAAUCAGUCGUACACGGUUGAAGACCACGAUGCCUCUCCCAAGGACAGAGACCCAAUUCCUCAGCCCCGAUUUACCCGUGAAGCUUCAUCGUCCCCGACUCGGGGAGCCAACACCCUUGAAACCUCCCCUUCAACGAUGGAGGCCAAAACUGCGAGUAUGAUGGCUGCAACUUCCGACACCGUAGCCCGAUUAGCCCCAGCCCAACUCAGGGAGAUCCGAGAGGCGUUUCAGGUUCUGGAUAGAGAUAACGACGGGUUUGUAGACAAGGACGAUGUGGCAGAUGUCCUGGUGAAUGUGGGCCAAGACGCGUCUGCAGUAUCUAAAUUCUUCCCUCCUGGAAACUCUCCUACCAUCAAUUUCCCUACCUUCUUGAAUACACUCUCUCAGCUACUCGCGCCCUUGUCUUCCCGACAGGAACUGGUCAACGCUUUGGCAGCAUUCGAUGAAGACGAUAGCGGCCAGAUCGACGUGGAGGAAUUACGAGACGCACUUCUACAUACCACUCCCGAUGACGGAGAACUCCCGCUGACGGACCGUGAGAUUAAUGAGGUUCUCAAUGGAUUUACAGCCCGAAGAGCGUUUGGGGGUAAGACUGGGAAGGUGACCGGAGGAGGCAAGAGAGGAGAAGUGCUGAAAUACCCAGAGUUUGUCAAUGCCGUAAUGGGGGGUACGGAGAAUGGGCAGGGGAAACGAGAUUCUUGAACCUGGGAUUCUGGGUUUGGAGGCCCUGAACCGGCGUAUAUCUAAUUAUAUUUGCUCACUUUACUAUCAUUUUGGAAGGACUGGCGUUGAGGAUGCAAGGGUAUGUUUAUUAUUUCGUAUAGCUCUGGUAGCUGUGUCAAUAUUAAAUACUGUGGUGUCACUCCCUAGAUUCUAUCUGCUAGACAAGUACCAAUAAUAACCAC